AUGAGUGCCAGAAGUCGGGUGUACGUAGCCUGUGAAGAAUGCAGGCGAAAGAAAAUCAAGUGUGAUGGGCUCCAAGCAUUGUGCUCAAACUGCGCUAGAAAAGGAAAAACUUGUAUUUUCAAGCAGAGAGCUACAAUUCGAAACAGGGCAAAAAAAAGUGACGUUGAAGCCCUCGCCAGAGAGGUUAAGCAGUUACGUGAAAAAUUACUGGAUAAGAGGAAAGACGACCACAAGGAUCUUUGUAGCCCAAAUACGGGCGACGAAGAUAUCUAUGACUCUGGUCACACGUCGGACUAUACCGAGAGUAACUUGGUUGAAGAUCUCACUCCUUCCAUCUCUGAGACUGUUGACUUUAAUGAGUUUGAGUACCCAUUAGACACAAUGAAUUAUCUAAGCGUUGAUGUUUUUAGUUUAAUCACCAGGGGUUAUCAUACGUUUGCAAGUGACACCAUGUUUCAGGAAGCUCUGAAACCUGUUAGUCGUGGAGACUUUUCACAGCUAUUGGAGAAUUUUUGGUACUAUGAAAACGGACAUGUCAUGAUUGUGUGGAAGCAUUUAUUCAUCUCUGACUUGUGUGCCAACUUCGGUGGAAGACAUUCGAGUAAAAGUUUGAUUUUGGCUAUGCUAGCCAUGGGUUCAGUAUUUUCGGACUCAACACAUUUCGGAGCCUUGGGUGAUGACCUUUUCAAAUGGUCAAAAACGCUUUUACAGGAUGAGUUGUUCCAUCCGCAGAUUAGUUCCGUUCAGACAUUGAAUCUCCUGUGCAUAUAUUCCCACGCUCGGGGAGAAAAAACGGAAGAGCUAUAUUUUGGCAAGUCUGCGGUAGACCUGGCGAUUAAACUUGGACUAAAUCAGACUGUGUCUUCUUCUCCAGACUCAACAAUAUCAGAGGACGAAAAUGCUUUGAAGAGAUUUGUAUGGUGGGGAUGCUAUCAGGUGGAUAUGCUUUCGAGGUUCGCGGUCCGACAUGCACCUACAAUGAAGAAGGCCGAGACAAAUACCAGUCCACCGCAACUAUCAGUACGAAAGUACUUCCGAGGACUACAAGAAGACAUCUACUCUUAUUUUGAGUUUUCGUUCGCAUUCACCUUCUCCUUGGAGCUGUUCGUCAUAGUUGGGGACCCAUUAACCAGCCUAUUCUCUACCGCGGGAGGACUUGCUAUCAAAAAUAAACAAGAAAUUGUGGAAGUUGCUUUGCGAGAAUUGCGAGUUUUCAAAAUGAGUUUUCCAGAAUGGAUCAGCACUGAUGAGGUUCUGAAUCAAGAUAUAGCCCCGCAAGUGUGUGUGUUUCGCAUGAGAUACCAUUAUUUCGUGAUGCUAUUAAAAGGGCAUUUCAUCUCUCCUGAAGCAGAAAUGCUCAAUCCACGUGAGUUUCAGUCCCUGAAUUCUUGUGUCAGUGAUAGUCUUCAGGUUGUCGUGUUGUUACUCAAGUAUGAAGAGAUGGAUAGCAUGUGUACUCUUGAAGUAUUCGUCAGUGAGAUCAUGUUUUGCGGAUUGACUGUUUUCCUUUGUGCGCUGAGAUUCUUUGAAGAAGAUGAAUUGAGAGGCCAGUGCUUAUCAGGGAUAAGAGAACUCAUGAGAGUUCUACUAAAGAUUGAUACCCGGAAAAUACAUCAAAGACGUCUCAACCUCUUGAUUGCAGAAUGGAAUGCCUACAAUGUUUUCAAACUCAAGGAGCAGUUUUUUGGUCUCCACCCAAUACAGGCCUAG